GAGGUUUCCUGAGCCACGCUAAUACACGGAGCAACAGAGAGUUGAUGAAACAUAAGGAGAAGGGGAGAAGUUUCUAAUCUCAUUAUCUCUGUCCAAACUAAUCCACCAGAGUCAACACCUCCAAGUCGUGCACACACAUUUACACGUGUCGUACCCCUCUCAUCACAGACACUCGUAACAUAUAUGCUUAGAAAUAAAAGGUGACUAAGUGCAAAGAAAAAGAAAAAAAAAGAAAAAGAUGUCGGAUGUGCAAGAUACGCUGCUGCUGGGAUCAGAGGGAAUCAAGAAAACCAUCCUGCAUGGAGGAACCGGAGACAUCCCAAAAUUCAUCACUGGGACGAAGGUGACGUUCCACUUCCGCACCCAGCUGUGCGAUGACGAGCGCACGGUCAUAGAUGACAGUAAAGUGGUGGGGACGCCCAUGGAGAUAGUGAUCGGCAACAUGUUCAAACUGGACAUCUGGGAAACCCUGCUGUCCUCCAUGAGAAUCGGUGAGGUGGCGGAGUUCUGGUGUGACACCGUUCACACUGGCGUUUAUCCACUUGUGGCCAAGAGUAUGCGACGCAUCGCGGAGGGCAAAGACCCCGUGGACUGGCACAUCCAUACGUGUGGCAUGGCCAACAUGUUCGCCUACCACACCCUCGGCUACGACGACCUGGAUGAGCUGAUGAAGGAGCCGAAGCCGCUGUACUUUGUCCUGGAGCUGGUCAAGGUGCAGCAGCCCAGUGAGUACAACAGGGAGUCUUGGGCUCUGAGCGACGAGGAGAGGCUGAAGGCCGUUCCCGUGCUGCACGGACAGGGAAACAAACUCUACAAGCAGGGGCGCUUCCAAGAGGCCACACUAAAGUACAAGGAAGCCAUCAUCUGCAUCAAGAACGUUCAGACGAAGGAGAAAGCGUGGGAGGUCCCAUGGAUGAAGCUGGAGAAGAUGGCCAACACCUUGACGCUCAACUACUGCCAGUGUUUGCUCCGAAUGGAAGAGUACUACGAGGUCAUCGAGCACACGAGCGACAUUAUCAACCAGCACCCAGGUGCGUGCAAGGCCUUCUACCUGCGAGGGAAGGCCCACAUGGAGGUGUGGAACGAGGCGGAGGCUCGGCAGGACUUCAGCCGGGUGCUGGAGCUGGACCCUGGCAUGAAGAAGGCCGUCAAGAGGGAACUGGCCGUGCUCAACAUGCGCAUGGAGGAGAAGAACCAGGAGGACAGGAACAAGUACAAAGGCAUGUUCUGACCCGCCGAGGCUGAGAGGGGAUGGAGACGAGCAAAUCUGCUAAAGCACAAAUCUGAAUUUCACCUUUAGCCACCACCACAACAGCAGCUUGUAUACAUGAUGUCUCCCAUGUGUCAAAGACAGUAUCCAAUAAAAGGAUCCAGCCUAAAGGCCUCAAGAUGUAGCUAUGCUAAGUUUACACAAGCAUUAAGUAAUCUAAGUCAAAUUAAAUAUUACAACCUCAUGUUUAAAAUUAUAUCCAUUUACUUCAGUGCAAGCAGCUGAUGAGAUAUUUCAUACCACAGAUAGCAGACGAUUAGCACCGAGAUCGGAAACUGGACGUGACAACAAGCCAAAGAUCAGUGGCUCCUUUAAUCUGUAGCUCUUAGUAGCGUUUACAAAUUCAAGGCACAAGAGUCGCAGCUUCUCACCCAACUCCCAGAAAGAAACAAUUAAAUAAGUGUGUUAAAUUUGCAUUCCGAAAUGUCAAACUAUUUCCCUCAAGCUACAGUUUUCAUUUGUUAUAUUGUUUUGGAUUUUUUUUGUCACGCAUUAAAACUCUGUCUAU